CGGAAAACUGUGGUAACUGUGGUGUAGCCUACAGCUGCAGAGAUGCGCGACACAGAAAAACAAGGAGAAACGAGGGAAAUGGAAAGACAGCACAGAGAAGGAAAGUAACCACUGAAAAUACACCAUCUGAGAUGCUUCGAGACACCGAGGAGCACCGUCUUCGCUGCGCACUUUGGACAUAGAAACGCGGAGAGUGCUCGGAUCGCGCAUUGAUCCGAAUAAAGGGGACGGGAGGGGUCGAUCAUGGGGAACGAAGCGAGCCUGGAAGGAGGCGAAGGGCCUCCGUCUGGGCUUCCAGAGGGGCUGGCACCUGACGGGAAGGGCGGCUUUGUCCGGGUCCCCGAGGGGACUCCGGUCAACCUGAAUGAACUUAGCGAGGAGGAGAGAAGGCAGCUCGCCGCGGCGAUGUCAAGGGCGCAAGGCAGGCAGCCCGGAGGCGCAGCAGCUGCACGAAGACCGUCAGAAUCUGAUGCACAGCAGCGUCCCCAGCAGGUAGGGGCCUCCAGGGGCCCUACAGGUCUCAGUAAGAGCCGCACUGUAGACGCCUUCAACCAGGGUCCCUCCGGCAGGCCCACCCCGGGCCGCAGCCCCUCAUCCCUCAGCCUUUUUGAAUCGAGAUUCCGGCAGGAGCCAAAAGACCCUGAGACCAAGUCAUCCGGCAUGUUUGGCUCCAGCUUCCUCAGCGGGGCCAACCCGCUCAAUGCCAUGUCAUCUAUGACCUCCUCUGUCUCCUCCUCUAUAUCCUCUAUGGGCGAUUCUGUCAACAUCCCCAAGUUUGGACUGUUUGGGGAUGAGGAGGAGGGAGAUGCAUCUGCAACACCUGAGUCUAAGCAGGGAGGAAAGCCACCAGGCAAGGGACCUCAGCAAGGGCCAGGUCCAAAGGGACCACAACAGGGAGGACCUCAGAAACAGGGUCAGGGCCCUCCAGGACAGGGGCCAAAUCCAGGGCAAGGACCUCCUGGGCAGGGACCCAGGCAAGGUCAGGGACCACCAGGCCAAGGACCCAAAUCAGGUCAAGGUCCUCCUGGCCAAGGACCCCCUGGGCCGGGCCCCAGGCAAGGUCAGGGUCCACCAGGCCAAGGACCCAAAUCAGGUCAAGGUCCUCCUGGCCAAGGACCCCCUGGGCCGGGCCCCAGGCAAGGUCAGGGUCCACCAGGCCAAGGACCCCCAGGCCAACAGGCCCCCAAACCCGGUCAAGGACCACCAGGUCAAGGCGCCAAACAGGGUGGCCCUCCCCAGCAAAAAGGUGGACCCCCUCAACAAGGACCUGGAAAGCCUGGACCCAAACUGCAAGGCCCACCAGGCCCUGGGGCUCACCCUGGAGAGCCAGCUAAGAGCGGAGGGCCUCCUGGUCAGCAGGGAGGUGGGCUCUGUCCACUGUGUAAGACCACCCAGCUGAACAUUGGGUCUAAGGACCCGCCUAAUUACAAUAACUGCACUGAGUGUAAGAACCAGGUGUGCAGCCUAUGUGGGUUCAGCCCUCCAGACUCAGCGGGAAAAGAGUGGCUGUGUCUGAACUGCCAGAUGCAGCGAGCGAUGGGAGGUAUGGAUCCCCCCGGCAUGACAAAACCCAAACAAGGCUCAGCCCCGCCCUCACCCCAGAGACAGGGACCUGGCAAGCCUGGCAAGCUGCUGAUAAAGCAGCAGAGUACCACCGACCAGGGGUUAACGCCGCCAACCACACCAAGGCAGAAAUCCCCAGGUCCUACCUCUCCUGGGCCAAUUUCCCCAGGCUCCUCAGUGGGAGGAUCUCCCAAAAUUGACCCCAAAACAGGCCGCCCCAUUCAGCAGAAGUCCACGCCCCAGCAGUCUCCAGCUAAAGCCAAACAGGAGUCCAGCUUCUUUGGGGGGUUAGGAGGUAUCAGUCUGGGAGGCUUAACAGAUGCGGCCAAACCUCCAGCGGCUGCAGAGUCCGUAACAGGGAAACUAUUUGGCGGGUUGGGCGGUUUGAUGGAAUCGUCAAAGCCUCAAGCGCAGGCUGCGCCAAAGCAGGAGGAGUCAAUGGCUGGGAAGUUUUUUGGUGGUUUUGGAGGGCUGACAGAAUCAACAAAACCUCCGGCUGCUGCUUCUCAGAUGUUCAGCUUUGGAUCGUCGCUCUUGAGUUCAGCCACCAAUAUUGUCGCUGGAGAGGACGAGAAGGCGGCUCAUUCUCCACCUAUGUCGCCGCCAGUCUCCCCUGCUGACUCGGGACCAGGUUCCCCUUUGGAUUCUGUCCCCGGCUCACCGCCUGACUCUCCCUUCUCUCCUCCCGGGUCCCCUCCUGAUUCUGACUCAGCUCCUGACACCCCACCUGCUAAGUCCAAGAAACCCCUGAGAACCAUUUCUGUGGAGCAGGAAGAGAAGGCACCAGCAGCCGAACCUGCACCUGCCCCAGCCUCAGCAACCAAGGAAAGCUGCCCUCUCUGUAAUGUGGAGCUGAACAUUGCAUCAGCAGACACGCCCAACUACAGCCUUUGCACUGAGUGCAAGAAGAAAGUGUGCAAUCUGUGUGGAUUUAAUCCUACUCCCCAUUUAGGAGAGAAAGAAUGGCUUUGCCUCAACUGUCAGACCCAAAGAGCCAUGUCAGGCCAGCUGGGAGACAUGCCACCUCCAGCCACGGCUUCCCCAAAAAAGCUACCAUCUGCUCCUGCUCCCUUCUCCACCCCUGUUCCUACUACUGUAGAUAGCAAACCUGUAGUACAAUCAGCAGACCCAACCCCACCACUUCCUGAGACCAAGAUGAAAACAGCAGAGAGCUUGAGAGAGCCUGGAGAGAACGAAAUAGCUGCCAAAGAGGGCAGUCCCACCAGCCCAUCAGACCUAGCAAAAUUAGAAAGCACAUUCCUUCCCAUUCUUGAGGCCCAGACAAGCACGCAACCAAAGAAUGAGGAGAAACUAACAGACACUCUAAAGACCAGACGUAAAUUAGAGGUGCUUCCUCUCUCACUUGACUCACCUAGCUCAGAAGAUGACAGAGAACUUUGUGAGAAGAAUACUAAAGGUACCACAAAGAAAAAGCUCCUUGUACCCAUGGAUGUCAGAGCAGAUUCCCUGGAUGAUAGCAGUGAAAGCUUUGGAAAAGAAAGUCCAAUGUCAGGGGAUGAUGAGGAAUUUAUCCGAAAACAGAUCAUGGAAAUGAGUGAGAAUGAGGAUGCUUCCCCGUCUGAUGAGGAAAAUAUAAUCCGGCGAAAGAUCAGAGAGGAUGAGAAGAAACAAAUCGAAGAGAAGAAAACAGAGGCUGUAGAGAGGGGUACAUCCGGAAAAGCCAGACGACUUACCAAGAAAAGCGCUAUAAGUCCAGAUGAUGAAGAAGAGAAGCAACUCCGCAGCUCAUUGGAUAAACCUGAUAUAGACAAAGAGGACGGACCAGAACCAAAAGAAGAGGAGUGUCAGACUGGUUCUGCAGUUCGCAAAUUCCGAACUAUGGAGCUGAAUACAACCAGCAGCCCUGUGCGUAUACCUAAUGAUGAUGGUGAGCCCGAAAUGGAAAGCCUUACAGACUCUCCAGAUGAUCGAUCUAGAGGUGAGGGGUCAUCUAGUUUACACGCAUCGAGCUUCACUCCUGGGACUUCACCAACAUCCCUCUCAUCACUGGAUGAAGACAGUGACAGUAGUCCCAGUCAUGUCUGUUCUGGUGAGGGAAAACAACAUAGGAAAGCCAAACACAGACAACCUGGUCAAAUGCUGCCAACUAUUGAAGAUUCUUCUGAGGAAGAAGAAUUACGGGAAGAGGAGGAGCUGCUCAGGGAGCAAGAAAAACAGAGGGGCUCAGGGAAAAAAUCCAAGAAAGACAAAGAAGAGAUUCGAGCCCAGAGAAGGCGAGAGCGUCCAAAGACACCACCAAGUAAUCUGUCCCCCAUUGAAGAUGCCUCACCAACCGAGGAACUGAGGCAAGAGGCUGAAAUGGAGGAGAUCAGACGAUCAUCCUGUUCUGAUUUCUCCCCCAGUAUUGAAUCAGACCCUGAAGGGUUUGAAAUCCAUGCCGCAAAGAUCGCAGCAGUUCAAAAAACUUAUCAACUGCCUAUGUCAGUAACUCUUCACUCCCCAACAGAUGAUAAAAAUACUGAUAACCAACAGAAAAAAACUCUCAAAUCUGCUGACGAGGCAUAUGAGGAAAUAAUGCUGAGGGCUACGUCUCCAACAGUUGAUAAAAGUGAGAUUCAGUUGGGAAAAGAGUCCCUUUAUGGAGGCAUGCUCAUUGAAGACUAUGCCUAUGCAUCUCUUAUUGACAAUUCAACAACUGAUCUUGGGGAGCCACAGAAGAUUGGUGUUCCUGCACAGCCCAAAAAGCUCAGAUCACCAGAUGAAGUUUAUGAAGAUAUGAUAAAGAAGAGGAAAGAAUUUAUGCAGCUGGAGCAGGAGUAUCAAAAUAUGCAGCCAGCAAAGGAAAGCACUACCCCAGAAAUUGUAUUGCAACCUGCUGAGAAUAUCUUCCCCAAAAGCAGUACAGUAACGUUAGGCAAAGACGGGAAGCCAUUGUUAGAUGCUGAAACUGCCUAUGAAGAGCUAAUGAAAAGAGUGCUGACUCCUGGAACAAGUCCAACUCCAGAAGUGGAAGCCACUGCAACUAGAAGGGCACUCCACCCCAUCCCAGACUUAAAGGUGACACAAUGCUCUUCAGGAGAGUUGUCUUCUGAUGACGAGAGUGUAAUUAAAAAGCAAGAGGAGAUGACUGUGGUAUCAGACACUACAACAGCUACUGAAACUGAGCCUGUGACAAUGUUUUCUGAGUCUCCUCCAUCAUCCACAUCAGAUCAGCAACCUCACACUACAAUCACAGCAUCCCAGGCUGAUGUUGUGGACUUAUCUAGUGCUCUCCCAAGAACAUCAGCCCAUGUGACUGCCAGUGUUACACCCUUGCCCACGGUCCCCCAGUACACACCCAGUAUUCCUAGUGUAGUGUCAACUGCCCCACCUGUCCCCCCCAAGCCAAGCGUUCUGCGUAGGGCUAAUUCUCAGGAAAAAGCAGAAGUACCUGUUGCACCACCACUGCCUCCUCCCACCCCACCAAAACCUACUGUUUUUCCCAGGAAACCUCCAGUUCCACUUCCACCUCAGGCUUCAGCCACUCUAACCAAGCCAGAGACAGUGGCUAUGACUGCAGCCCAAGGACCAUCCACAAGACAAGCAGUUACACCAAUGUACAAACCUCAUGUUCCCCCUCCUGUUCCCCCCAAACCAUCUAUUCCUGCUGGGAUUGGGGAUAGCAACAGACCAGGACAUGGUGUCAAACCACCAAUUGCACCAAAGCCUGGCUCACAGCCUUCUUCGCCCGCCCAUGCCCCACAUCCACCAAGACCCACUGUACUUCCCACUGGUCCUACUGACAUAGCCCUGAAUCUGAGCCCUUCUUCUGAGAGCAAGCUGUUUCAACCCUCACCAAAGUCUCCUUCUUCUCCAAGAUAUGCCAGCAAUCUUCGUGACACAUAUGUGGUCAUCACACUGCCAUCGCAGCCCAGCUCUCCAGUAGAUAGUGUCUUAACUCAAGCUCCCUCUAGCCCUGGCUUAGCAUCUCCUUCAUGCCAAACUCAGCCCCAAUGUUAUUACCAACCACAGCCUCAACCUCAAGUACAUCCACAGCAGCAUCCACAACCAACCCUUCCUCAAACAACCAGGGUGCCACUGGCAUACACACGUGUCACAGAAUCCAUUGAAAGUCAAGAGAUUUGUAGCCCAGAAAAACAUGUAUCUAGUUCUUGUCACAUAAUUGAGGCUAUAUCUGCGUCAGCACAGCCACCUGUGGUUAUGCCUAACCUCAUCUCUCAAGUGGUCACUACAGAAGUCCAAAGGACCAUGGUCUCUGUUGUUCAUGAAAGGGCACCACCACCAGUGCCAGCUCCAAGGGCAAAUGGUGUCCCAAUCUCGAUGGAGAAACCUAAGACCCAACUGCCGGCACAGAAUGGACAGGGCUUCCAACCCUCUGAGGUGGUAGAUCUUAGGACUAUGAAGGUGGACCUAGAAUCAGACAUGAAUGGUGUGGAUCUGUCUGCUGGCCCAGACUCAAGACGUCAGUCCUUUGCAACUGAUGUCAGUCGUCAGAACAGUGCAGUGCAAUCGCCUGUGGUUAACCUUAGUGCUGAAUCAUCCACUGUUUCUAUAGUGACUGAUAGCAUCACCAUUGUGACCUGUUCUGCCACAAUCCAGCAGUGUGAAAACAUAGAAACCUCUCAAGCAUCAUCAGUGCCCCUUCAGCUCACAAAAAACAAAGCAUUUGAACCCGUUUCUCAAAUUAUAUAUCGGCCAAUUGAUUCUCAGCCCUGCACUCAUGUAGGUACAGAGAUCCCUAUUAACCUCUCACUUGGAUCAAGCACAGGUGGAGUAACUUUCCAAACCACCCCUGUCACUAUUGCACCCACUUCUAUUGGUUGUGUUGCCAAUGGAUUAACUACCGGUACAACCACAGUGGCAGGAGCUGUUGACCUUAGUACAACAAAACCAUUCAACACUGUGGUAUCAGUGGAUGCUGCUUCUGCAGAAGUGGCCACAGCUGUAAUCACAGAUGAUGAUGGCAAACCAGUGGAUCUGACAGCAGGAAAAAGAGCUGUGUGCUGUGAUGUAGUGUACAAUCUCCCAUUUGCAAGAAGCUGCACUACUCAACAACCUACCACACCCCUGCCUGAAGACCGUUUCGGAUAUCGUGAUGACCAUUACCAGUAUGACAGAUCACCUUAUGGCAUGAGAGGGUUUGGUGGAAUUAAACCAUCAAUGUCAGACACUAACUUAGCAGAAGCUGGUCUGUUCUUUUACAAGAGUAAGAACAGCUAUAAUUUCAGUGGCACCACUGAGGGUGCAGUAGAUCUUACCUCUACGAAGAUUUCUGAUGCAGGUGAAGCUGUUGACUACUCCAAGAAAGGGACUUACGCAGGAAUGACAAUUCCACCAUAUUCCCAAGCCAGAGUCACAAGUGCUGUUGGUACACUUUUUGGUACAAGCAGUGUCUUGAGGUCAUCAAAUGGGGUGGUGUAUUCCUCUGUUGCAGCACCAAUACCAUCUACUUAUGCCAUUACCACCCAACCUGGGUCCAUCUUUAGUACGACAUACAACACCCUGUCAGGUAUGCAUACCAGCGACACAAUGCCUUCAUUGUCCAACCUCCAGAACUUGCCACUUACACGGUCCCACAGUUUCCUUUCCACCAUCUCCACUACUGCAAUAGAAGAGCAAGGGGAUGCCCCACUCAAUCUGGAGAUCUCUAGAGGGGAUACUACUGCUGCCCGUGCUGUCACCACAGCAACAACCUCUUUAUCCCUUGACACCUACACUGAUGCAUCCUUGGAGGCAAUAGCUGCUUCUCUUGAGGCUCUGUCUUCACCCAUGGUUCCUGGGGAUGGCCAGUAUCAGGCAGAGCGUGAGAGGCUAGAGAUGGAGAAACUCAAGCAACAACGCCUGGCUGAGGAAUUAGAGUGGGAGCGCCAGGAGAUUCAGCGGUUCCGUGAGCAAGAACAGCUCCUGGUACAGAAGGAACUGGAGGAGCUGCAGGCUAUGAAGCAGCAUAUCCUGUCCCAACAAGAAGAAGAAAGACAGGCUCAUCUUAUGAUGCAGAAAGAAACCUAUGCCCAGCAACAGCAGCAGCUUGAGCAGAUUCAGAGACUCCAAGAGCAACUGCGCCUGCAACUGGAAGAGCAAAAGCUUCGUCAGAUGUACCCAGGUGGGGACAUACCAGGGCAUGGUUUGCAGGAGGCAAUUGUCUUAGGACCUGAUGGCACAGUGCUGGCCCGAAAGAUCACAGAUAGUGGGUGCCAGACAGAUGAAGAGGAUGAGGCAGUCAGCAAAGCUUACACAGCAGGGAGAAAAAAGAAAACUGCUAAAAAGAGUGUUGACAGUUGUGUGCAGACUGAUGAUGAGGAUCAAGAGGAAUGGGAAGCUCAGACCAGAAACCGACAAAGCCGGCCACGCACUGCCAGGGGUGAUAGGGGUGGGCAUUCAGAAAUGUCUCUUCAAGCCCACACUGAGAUUUCUAUUCAAACAGAUACAGAGGGGAACAUUAGAAUGGACACCAGGAUGGAGCUGUCUGACUCUGAAAGGACAUCACCAAAGAAACGGCCUACCCCCUUAGAAAUAGGCCAGCCUCCUAACCUCAAAGUUGAUUCCUCUACGCUUCAAGCACCUCCUAAAUCUCCCAAAGUGCUCUAUUCCCCCAUAUCCCCCUGUGUAUCUCCUAGCAAAUCCCUUGAGUUUGUGUCCUAUGAGAACUCACUGGGUGAUACAAGCCCACAAAAGCUAAGAGGAAGCGAGGAUCCAUCGAAAGCCUCUCCAGCAAGUCCCAGGGGACCAAAAGCCAUGCAGAGAUCCAUGUCUGACCCUAAGCCCAUGAGUCCAACAGGAGAAGAAAGGGCCACAUCUGGUACCCAGUAUGGUGAUAGCUAUACUGGGAAAGGUUCAGGUGGCACCCCAACAGGCACUCAAAAGAAGGUGAAGAGGACUCUCCCCAAUCCACCGUCAGAGGAUGAGUCAUCAACCAGUGGCCAAACAGCAUACAGCACUGGUUCUGCCCGCCGAAGAAUGUGCCGCAACUCCAAUAUGGCACGUGCCAAGAUCCUACAAGACAUUGAUCGUGAGCUAGAUAUGGUGGAGCGUGAGUCUUCCAAACUCCGCAAAAGACAAGCAGAGCUAGAUGAGGAGGAGAAAGAGAUUGAUGCAAAGCUUAGGUACUUGGAGAUGGGCAUUAAUCGUAGAAAGGAUGUGCUACUGAAGGAGAGAGAGAAGAGGGAAAGGGCCUACUUACAGAGUGUUGCAGAGGACAGAGACUACAUGUCAGACAGUGAGGUUAGUAACAUCCGAGAGACUAGAGGUGGCCGUGGAAGUGGUGAAGAUGAGGAGAUUGAAGGUCAUGGUCUUGAACGUCCCAGGACAGCUCCCCAGUCAGAAUUGGAGGACUUUGUCCCGCCUCAAACCAAGCAUGAGUAUGGAAAAUACUCCCAAUACCAAUACCCUCAAAGCCAAUACCAGCAGUCUCUCUACCAGACUCCACAGUCUUACCAAUCUCAUUCUAUCUACUCCUCUGUCCCCUCGCUCACUAGCGCCCAGCAGCAGAGUUAUCACCAGAUGCUCCUGUUGCAGCAAAAAGCUGCCAGACAAGCUGCCCUCCUCUCAGAACUGGAUGCAACUAAAUACGAAAUCAUUAGCCGCCAACCUGAUCCUACAUCAUCAGCUUACAUGGGAGUCAAGUAUGACAAAUAUGGCAACCACCUUGACCUCAGAGCCUUGGACGUGGGCAGUAUAGCACGUAGCCCCAUGUCAACUGUCUCUGAUUCCUAUUACACAGAUGUAGAUCACCAUACACCUCGGAGUUACAUGUUACUGGAAGAUGCUGCAGAACUGGCUAAGGGCUCCACAGGCCUGUCUUCAUCUUAUAGUCUGGCUGAGAGGGAGCUGGCUAAGGCAGAGAAGCUUCUGCGCAGGAGUGCUGCAGAUCUGUGUUCUACUGACUAUCUGGGAUCCACCUCUAGACUCCAUACAUUUGGAAAGACCCCUGAUGAAGAGGAUACAAUGGAGGAACCCUACGAACUAAAACUUCUGAAGCAGCAGCUCAAGCAAGAGUUUAGGAGAAGUACAGGAGGGACAGAAAACUUAGAACAACUCACAGGUCUCUCCCAGCACUACUAUACCCCAAGCUCUGGCAUCUCUAGUUACUCCCAAAGACAAUAUCCAAAGACAGAUAAGUACAGCAUCAGUCGUCUUACUCUGGAGAAGCAGGCAGCUAAACAACUCCCAGCAUCCAUGUUGUACCAAAAACACAAGGCUCCAUUGUUAGAUCCUAAGAUCUCCUCCAAGUAUUCCUCUAUUACAGAUAACAGAGGUUUGGAGACAGACUAUACCAGCUAUCUUGGGUCUACCAGUGUAUCCCCAAGAUCCAGCCGGCUUUCGCAGGAUGAGAUUACCUUCGGCCUUCGUAAGAAUAUUGCAGAGCAGCAAAAAUACCUGGGGUCCACCUUGGGUGCCAACUUGGCUGGGUCACUAAACUUGGGCCAAAGCUUAGGUUUGGACACUGCCUAUCCUAGUGGUAGUCGUUCAAGACCCUCAUCCAGGCCCACAUCUUGCUAUGGUCUGGACUUGUCAAUCAAAAGAGACCCUUCCAGCUCUUCACUGAGGCUUAAAGGAGACGGAGAAGCAUCUGGAGAUGGACCAAGCUAUCAAACCCCAUCUGGUCGCACCAAACCCACCAGCCUUCCCAUUGUGCAAAGUGGCCGUGGCCGGAUACCCAUAGUGGCCCAGAACUCGGAGGAAGAGAGUCCAUUGAGCCCUGUUGGGCAGCCUAUGGGCAUGGCCCGUGCAUCAGCUGGACCUCUGCCACCCAUCUCAGCUGAUUCAAGGGACCAGUUUGGUUCCUGCCUGUCUUUGCAGGACUCCCAGCAGCAGCAACAUAUCAGGGAAGAGCCGACCAGGGGUAGGGGUUAUGUGCUGCUGGAUGACCUUCAGGGCACCAUGUCAGAUAGUGAAGCCCUAAGUGAUUCCCUGAUGGCUUUGAACAGAGACGAUGCAACCAAUGCCUACCAUCUUAGACGAGAAGAGACGGACUGGUUUGACAAACCUAGAGAUGGACGGUCAGAAAAUGGACAAGAGAAGAGACAGGGAAAAGGCCCGUACUACCCCUUCCCUCACCUCAGGGUCAAACUGCAGAGGGAUCCCAAAGACCGCAGCGUCUCAGGAAAUGGUCUGGGCAUACGUGUGGUUGGAGGGAAAGAGGUCCCUGGCUGUAAUGGAGACAUUGGAGCCUAUGUUGCCAAAGUCCUACCUGGUGGAGCUGCAGAACAAACAGGAAAGAUUCUUGAAGGAAUGCAAGUCCUGGAGUGGAAUGGUAUUCUUCUGACGGGGAAGACCUAUGAAGAGGUACAAGGGCUCGUCGGACAGUUGUGUAAUGAGGCAGAAGUGUGUGUCAGACUUGAUCUCAACAUGCUGGCUGAGUCUGAAGUGUCUGAGCACCUGGAUUUCCAUGAGCACAGCAAAGGUGACAGACCUCCCAGGUCACCAGGUGUUGACCCUAAGCAGCUGGCGGCUGAGCUCCAAAAAGUGUCCCAGCAGCAGGCUCCCACCUCCACCUCUUCCUCCGGCUUGCCCGCCACCAUCAGCACCUCCAGCCCCGGUCAGCCAGGAUCACCCUCUGUCAGCAAGAAACGCCACAGCAGCAAGACUGCAGAGGUAACGAAGACUCCGUCCCACCCCAUCUCUGGAGAGAUACAGCUUCAAAUCCACUACGACAAGCAGCUUGGCAACUUGAUUGUUCACGUCCUGCAGGCCAGAAACCUGGUCCAGCGGGAUAACAAUGGCUACUCUGACCCAUUUGUUAAAGUGUAUCUUCUACCUGGGAGAGGUCAGGUCAUGGUUGUCCAGAACGCCAGUGCUGAAAACAAGAGGAGGUCCAAACACGCAGGCAAGAGUAUCAACCCGGAGUGGAACCAGACUGUCAUCUAUAAAAACAUCCUCCUGGAGCAACUGAGGAAGAAGACCCUGGAGGUGAGCGUGUGGGACUACGACAAGUGCUCCUCUAAUGAUUUCUUAGGAGAGGUCCUUAUAGACCUGUCCAACACAGCCCAGCUGGACAACGUCCCGCGGUGGUUGCCCUUAAAGGAGCAGAGCGAGGGGGAUCACCACCGGCGCUCCCACUCAGGCCAGGGCCGACACAGUUCCUCUAAACCCUCCUCACUGCACUCCUCCCCUAAAACCACUGGCUCCUCACAUGACAAUCAGGAUUCCCCAAAAUCAUCUGUCAUCAAGAGCCGAAGCCACGGGAUCUUUCCAGAUCCGGCCAAGGACACGCAGGUGCCCACUAUCGAGAAAUCUCACAGUAGCCCUGGCACAUCGAAGCCUUCCCCGUCCGAGGGCCAGAGCCAAAGCCAAAGCCACAGCCACGGACACAGCCAACACUCUCGCUCGCACGGUGCUUCCCGCUCCAGCAAAAGUGCUGCACGGCAACACCAUCAGGACAGCGGCACUGGAAGCGGCAGAGGCGCUGCCAUAGCAACGGGCGAUGCCCCACAACAGUCACAGCAGCAGCAGCAGCAGCCGCCGCCGCAACGCCUCCAACCAACUCGGUCGAGCCACAGAUCCAGUGAUGCCCCAGUCACAGCAGCCUCACUGGACAGCGGCCUGAGUGGCAGCGCCUACAGCCUAUUGGAUGAAGACGGAGAGACAAACGAGGUGGACAGUGCCAUCUUCCAGGUUCCCCGAUUUGGAAAGAUCCCAAAUGGCACAGACGGGAUGAAAUCAUCUAUGGGACACAGUGACACUGAAGGUAAGUCCCAGGUAAUGGGGGAGAUAAAGAUCGCUCUGAAGAAGGAAAUGAAGACGGAGGGCGAGCAGCUGGUCCUCGAAAUUCUUCAAUGUCGCAACAUCACCUACAAGUUCAAGACUCCAGACCACCUGCCUGAUCUGUAUGUGAAGCUCUAUGUGGUGAACAUCGCCACCCAGAAAAGGAUCAUCAAGAAGAAGACCAGAGUGUGUCGUCAUGACCGCGAGCCAUCAUUUAACGAAACCUUCCGCUUCGGCAUGAACCCCACCGGACACUCUCUACAGCUGUUCCUGGUGUCCAAUGGUGGCAAGUUUGUAAAGAAGACCCUCAUUGGCGAGGCCUACGUUUGGCUAGACAAAGUCGACCUACGCAAGCGAGUGGUGAGCUGGCACAAACUUCUUGCCAGCACCGCCCAGAUCCACUCAUAGAACGAGUCACAUUCUAAAAAAAACUAAACCUAACAUGGCAGGAAGAGGUUUCUGGCAUCUAAGGACACUUAGCUUCAACAUCCCAAUCUGGGUUGGAGAAAAGGGUUGUUUGGGUACAGGAGGGGCAGGGCUUGGAUAUUUAGAGUUUUUGGAAGAUGCUUUCAUUCGUACGCAAAGCUCUGAUGAUGAUUUCUGUCAUGCGGGAAGUUUGGAGGAAGUGGUUAUGUGUUUACAGGGAAUGCACACCAGUUUACAUGAAGUACAGUAGUGUUGCCAGGGCUGUGGUCAAGCGCGGAAUCAACCAGGUAUUACACACUUUUCACAACACAUACACACACACACACACACACACACACACACACACACACACACACACACACACACACACACAAUUAUUUACGACAACUUUGCACACAGUCAUUCACUCAGAAGAGAAAUUUUAAUUCUACAGGGAAUGGACACACUUAGAUGAUUUUCCUCAUUGCUUUAUUAUGACCGCAGAGUUUUAUUGAUUUACAAAGCAUUUAGGAAAUGAAAUAUUGAAGACUCCGCUAUGGAGACCUCUUAUUUAUUUUUGUAUUAUGACAUUAGAGUUUUAUCAUUUGUCUUCUCUUCAAUUAUUUAACUACAUAAAAAUCUAUCAUGGGAAGGAAGCAUAGUAUAUUUUAUAACACACUACCUAGCAUCCCAGUUCAAAAGAAAAAGAAAAAUCUCAGCAAGCAUGAUUUUAGAUUUAGUAACAAAACCAUCUCCUUGUUCACUUUGGACCCCACCUUUUCGCUCCGUAAGUGUAAACUUAACUGAGUUCUAUCAUAUUAUGUCUAUUGUUUGAUAAAGGAUCAAUAUUAAAUAAUUGGAAAAUCAUAUGGACACUAUAUAUUGUGUGCAUGAGUUGAUCUAUUUGGUAUGCAGUGCCACAUGUUCUGCACAAAACAAAAUCACCUCUUAGAUUCACUUUGUAUAUAGUGAAGUGUCAUAGCUGGAAAUUAUUAUAACAUAUAUAGAUAGAUAUAUAGAUAUCUUUAUCACAGACAAUCGAGUCUUGAUGAUUGUGACAUAGAGGUUUUAUUUAUCCAUGAUGCCCCUUAAAAUGUGAGACAUUUACCAUGUUUUUUCUUUGAGAUCCUUCUUUAAGAGUCUUAUAUCAAUCCUGCUUUUGUUCGUAGGAGCAGUCAGCGCACGCUUUUGUGGUAUUUUGCACUUUUUCUGCUUAGAAUGUAAAACCUACGUCAUUAUCCUGCUAAAAAUGAGGUAGCCGCAGAUUUUCUUUUCCAAGGGGAGGAAGUAGAGAGGUAAAGCAAAGUGAUAACAAUAUCAGGAGAUAUUGAAGCGAACAAAAGACAAAUGUGCCGGAAACUAUCCAAGAAAAAACACUAUUACUGUUCUAAGAUACGACAAUGCUAUUACAGUAGCAUGUUAAUGUUUUGUCCCAGCUUUUUUGUCAUAUCUGUGUUGUCAUUAUUACUUACACGUCAAAUAGUCAAUGUUGUGUCUUUAAAAAAGCUAUCUAUGUCUUGAGAAAGGUAUGUUUGUAUGGGGUUCAAGAGGCAUGACAGCUGGUGCAUUCAGCAUUUUCAAACUUAGCAGUGAAACUACAUUUAAUAUCUGGGGGAUUUCUAUGCAACAUCUACCAUAUGAAGGUGGUAACUGCAUCUUGACGUGUGAGAAAUGUGACACUUUGUGGCAGAGGAAACAUUUGUAUUGAUUUUUCUUUUGCACUGCCAUGUUUUCAUGUCCUUCAUGAAAUGGUUAUUCCUUUAUUUAUUUAUUUUUGUUAUUUAACGUGUUAUUUUGUAUUGCUAUAUGAAUCUUUAUUUAUUGCCUGUGAGACUAUUUCAUAUGUUGUAUUAUAUUUGUUUACAGUACAUAUCAGUUGUACAUAAAAGAGUUGAGAAAUUUUGUUUUUAUACACAAUGCAGUGCUUGUUUACAAGGUUUAGAGGGCCUGAAACUCAGAGAACCAACGUUUUUUUGCCCUUGUGCACGAAUACACAUUCACAUACGGAAAUGAACAUGCACAGAUCCCGAAUUUCACACGGCUGUGAAUCAAGAUUAGAAAAAAGAACAUUGCUAUUUAAAUGAUUCCCAUCUUUUUAUGCACUCCCACUUUGAGUAGUUUCCUUUUCCAGUAUGUGUAUGAGACAUGACCAAAAACGACAACAUUGUAAUCAGUCGACAUUAUACCUGAAAUGUUAAUAGAUUUAAGGUCAGUGCGUUUUAUUUUUGUUUUUCUUAUUUUUAUACCCAUGUGCUUGUGUGUGUAGCAUCUUUGUAUCACGUCCAUGCAUGUCGUUGGCUGUAAUGCAUAUCACUUCUUUUAAGUGUUGUCUGUCUAAAAAUAUCAACCUUAAAAUCUCUCGUAACACACAAGGAAUUACACACGUGUACACACACACACACACACACACAAACACAAACACACAAACACACAAAUGCCAUCUCUCUAAUUCCAACCUUGUAAAUACAUUUUUAUACUGGGGUUUGGGGAGCAAUAGGUCUUUUAGCAGACAAUAAAAGGUGUGUGAUCAUAGAAUUUAAAGGAAGUUGUUUCUCUCUUGAUCAAUGUACAGUGGAUAGACUGAGAAACGACCUUAUGUCUGUCUAUAGGGACCCAGAUUCACCAGACCCUUUACACCAAACGCUAAAGGUUUACCAGAGUCUAACUACACAGAAGUCUAUCUUAACAACUCAAGCCGUUGCAGGAGAAUUUAAAUGUGCUCACACUGGAUGUUGCAUGUUUCGUUGGUGGUUCAUACUAUUUUUGUGUCCAGAUAUUAUUAAAGAAAAAAAAAUGAUGUAGAGAAAGAUAUAGAACAAAGUGUUACAGAGGGUGGACAUUAUGAAGAAAACCUAUUAAAACUAUUGAUGAUGUAUGCUGACUGUACAAAGAUUAUGCUUGUAAAACCUGUCUGGUUUUUCACUUGUAAGUAAACAGAAAAAAUAAUCUACUGUCAUGGUUUUGUGAUUGUAUACAGGAGGUAUUGAAAAAUUAUGCAAACUGUGCUGUAAAAAUGGCUGUUGCCCCAUGUCUAAAUAUUAAAUAUCAGUAAAAAUUAAA